CGACUCUGCCAAGCUCUGGCAGGGAGCAAAUGCAAACAGCCGACUGCCUGAGCCCGUCUCGGAGUCUGGGGCCAGCCCCUGCUCUGUUAACCACCCCCCACCAUGCUGCGGCUCUGCCUGGCACUGCUGGCCACGGCCCAGCUCGGGUGCUCGGCCCCCUCGGCGGGGCCGCCGCCCCCGGGGGCGCAGUGCAUCGAGCACGACUGCUUCAGCGUGGUCUGGGGGCGGGGGGUGUUCUCCGAGGCCGGCCGGCUCUGCGCGGCCAGCGGGGGGCAUCUCAUGACGGUGCGAUCCACGGUGGCAGCGGACGCCAUCUCCCUGCUGGUGCCGCGCCAGGGCGCCGCCAGCCUGGGGAUCGGGCUGCAGCUGCCCCAGGACCAGCAGUGCCCGGAGCCCGGCCGCAGGCUGCGGGGCUUCCGCUGGGUCACGGGCGAUGAGAGCACGGACUACGCCAACUGGAAGCCGGGCGACCCCAGCUGCGGGCCCCAGUGCGUGGCCGUGGCCCCGGACCUCUUGUGGGAGGCGAAGCAGUGUGACUCCGAAGCAGACGGCUUCCUGUGUGAGUACAAUUACCCCGGCACGUGCCCCAAGCUCUCCCCGGGGGCAGGCCUGGUGGUGACCUACACCACCCCCUUCGGGGUGCGGGACAGUGACCUCCUGGCCCUCCCGCCCCAAAGCACGGCCUCGGCCCCUGGCCUGGGCGUGGAGCUGGUGUGCCAGGAGCACAGCAGCGGGGGCUGGCGAUGGAGCUCAGCCAGCCGGGGGGCCUGGCACUGCCAGCUGGAGAACGGGGGCUGCGAGCAAUCGUGCCAGUGGGACGGCGGGAGCCCGCGCUGCGCCUGCCCCCAGGGGGAGCAGCUGGAGCAGGACGGACGCGGCUGCUCUUCCCUGUGCGCCAACGCGCCCUGCGAGCACUUCUGCACCCCGGACACGGGGAACUUCACCUGCAUCUGCUCCGAGGGCUACGAGCUGGCGGGGGACGGCGUCCAUUGCAAGGACAUUGAUGAAUGUGAAGCCACGCCGGGCGUCUGUGAGCAGGUUUGCACCAACACCGACGGGGGCUUCCACUGCGAGUGCCACCCGGGCUACGAGAUGGUGGACGGCAAGUGUGAGGACGUGCUGGAUUGCGAGGAAGGCAAGUGUGAGUACAAGUGUGAGGAUGUGCCAGGCGGCUACAGCUGCAGCUGCUUUGAUGGAUUCAUUAUACACCCUGAAAACCCGCACAAAUGUGCCAGAUUUUGUAACCAGACAGAAUGCCCAGCAGACUGUGACCCCCACACUCUGGAUAGUUGUUACUGCCCCGACGGCUUUAUUCUGAACGAGGGUGACAGGGGUGAAAAGACCACACUCUGGAUAGGCGAUGGGGGAGACAAGGUGUGUCAGGAUGUGGACGAGUGUGAGCAGGGCUAUUGUGACCAGCUCUGCACGAACGAGCCAGGCCACUACAGGUGUCACUGCCAGGAGGGGUACGUCCUCUCUGACCAGCGCACGUGUUCUCCUGAGGAGGAGUCGUCAGGUGAGACGGAGCCCUACCCCAAAACAGUGGCUCCCACCCGCGCCCCACCAAAGGCAGACAGCCUCCACCCCGGAGCGCUGAUCGGAAUCAGCAUGGGCAUCCUGGCCACGCUUUUGGCCCUGCUGGCCAUUCUCUACCACCUGGUGAAGAAGCACUGCCCGGCCCGCGGCACCAUGGAUUAUAAAUGCAGCAAGAGCACGGAAAAGGAAGUGGUGCUGCAGCAAGUUACCCCCAGGUGCCCUUCUGCCAGCCAGAAACUGUGA